AGUUCAGUUCUUUAUUUGGCGGUCUUUGUGCGUUCAAAGGCAAAAGGGGAAUCUCUCUUCACUCUUCACAUAUCUGUCCAGGAAUUGCUUGUUGCACAAAUGUCUAACUCGGAAACGCAGCCGAAAAAAAGGAAAGAGCUUGAGGACUGCGACGAAGAAAAUCCAAAGAAAUCAAAGACUGAAUCUGCUGACACCUUGAUCGAUUCGUCAGGUCAUGAAACAAAUGACACGAAGGAAAACCACUUAGGAGACGAAACCUUACCCGGGGCCGGAUCAGAGGAGGCCACAGAACUCGAUAAAGCCCAGUCUCCAGCACCACCUAACACAUGUGGUAAGCUUCUUAUAAGUGGAGCAACAAACUGGGACUUAGUUGGAAGGAAGGAGACACCAAAAUCUGCUGGUAAUGCAGGAGGUCCAAACUUAUGGGAACCGCACAGCAUCUCAUCACUGAACCACAUCAGAGUGCAGCUGGUGGCUUCAGGUCCAAGUGCAUGUCAUAGCAUCAUCAUCUGUGAAGAUGGAACUGCUAUGAGUUUUGGUCGCAAUGACAAUGGUCAGCUGGGACAUGGAGAUGUGGUACGCUGUGACAAGCCCAAAGUAAUUGAGAGUUUAAAGCACUACACUAUCGUGCAAGCAAGUUGUGGAAAGGCACACACCCUGGUUCUCACAGCUGAGGGUAUCCUGUUUGGUUUUGGUGGAAACAAGAUGGCACAGCUGGGACAAGGACAUCAAAAACCAGUUGUAGCCAAACCUGUUCAGAUUGUUCACCCGAACAACAAGAAGAUAAUCAAGACUGCAUGCGGGGCAGAGUUCAGCAUGUUUAUUGAUGACACCAACUUGCUGUAUUCGUUCGGUCGCCCGGAGCAUGGUCAGCUGGGACAUAACACAGACGGGCAGUACUUUGUCACAUCUAAUAAGCUGGCAUUUUAUUGCGAGGUGCUACCUAGACACGUCGCAGUUUUUGUCGAAAAAACAAAAGAUGGAUUCACCCAUAUCAUGGACGAUGUGAAAAUUGUCGAUGUUUCAUGCGGAAAUAACCACACGAUUGUUCGAGAUUCUAAGGACCGAGUUUUUACUUGGGGAUUUGGUGGUUACGGCCGGCUCGGCCAUCAACAACCCAAAGAUGAACAUGUGCCAAGACUGGUUUCUUUCUUCAAAGGAAAAAGUGUCUCGUCCGUCCAUGCCGGUGCAAGCUAUAGCAUGGCGGUCAGUGCUGGUCAGCUGUACUUCUGGGGACAGACCAAGAGCACGGGGGAUGCCACUAUGUACCCGAAACCGGUCCGGGACAUGUCAGGAUGGGAUGUCCGCAGUGUAGGAUGCUCCAAAACAAGCAUUGUUCUGGCAGCAGACGACAGUGUGGUCAGCUGGGGACCGAGUCCGACGUACGGGGAACUGGGAUAUGGAUUAAAGAAAGGAGGACAAAAAUCGUCAUCAAAUCCGAAGAUAGUCGAACCUCUGGAAGGGAUUUACAUCCAACAGGUCAGCUGCGGUUUGGGGCACACCUUGUACAUUGCACGUGACGAGGAAAACGAUCGAGCACUACUUGACAAAUUACCCAUUUACGACCCCGACAAGAUGUGAUUCUGACCAAUGUUACCUCUUACAAAUGUCACUCGUGUCACGGCUUCUGCUUACGUCAGUGUUACGUCACAAGUCACGUGAUUCAAUGCGUGCGUAGUCUUCUUGAUUCGGAAUUACCAGCUGUUUCCAAAUUAUUUAUAUUUGUACGUUUUGUGAUAUUAGAUAGUUUAGAUGAGCUUCUUACUGUAAAGGGCAAUGAGAAAGUGACAUUGUUUGCGUUCCCAGGGUAUCUCUGGUGGGCGAGAAAUAGUGAGACUCUGAGAACGAGAAUAUUUCUAACAGGGCAGUAAGACUGAGAAAUGUUUGGGUCUCGUUGUCGAAUAUUUUCAAAUCAAAUGCCAAAGCACAAUUCCCAGCCCUGCUUAGGUUUAUUUUUCUUACAAAGCUGACUGAAAAAGUUCUAGUUGAGAAAUAUAUUAAACAUACCAAGUUUCUCUGCGAUGGUUUGAUUUUUAUGUAGAAAAGCAAUUUUUGAUUAAGCUCUUUCCUAAAGAAUGUUAUUUCUAUCAUUUCCUCAGGUUUUCUUUCGUACGACAUGUUAUCUAUUUAUAGCUGUUAUUCCUCCAAUUUCUUCUCCAGAGAGAGAAAGAGACAAAACGUCUGAAAUCUGAAGCAAAUUGUUUAAAUAAUCUAAUUAUUUAGUGACGACGUGUGACAUUAGAUUAAAUAUCAAGUACCUAUAGUAGUGUCAAAUCAAGAAAAACGUUAUAUAGAUAGAGAAAUUCAGUAUUUAGAAACAUGGAAGCUUGAUAUUAAUUGUACAUCUAAAAAAAAAGACAUUUAAAAAGUAUGAGUAGUCAAGCAAACAUAGUGAAAUUAUAUUUAUUUUGCAGAGCUCUAAGAAAAAAAGUAUUGAUUGAAGUGAGGAUGGAUCUUUUCUUCUAGAUUUCGUAGCUGGCUGUUCUGUGUUAAGUGUGAUCGAAGAAGUCGUGAAGCAAACGGCGCAUGUCUAUAACGUUGACUGGCGCCUUCGUUUUCAACGAACAAUCACACAACCGCCAAAUACGCAAGCUAAGAAACUUUUUCGCUGUUAUUGUUAUGGUGCAUUGUGCAAUAAAGCCUUUUUUUAAAACUA